AUGACAUAUUUCCAAAUGAUGAGUACAUCCGAAAUUUUAAAGCUCGAUAUAGAAGAGCUUGUACCAAACAAUUCUAAGGACGGAAAAAAAAAUGGUCUAAAGGUCAAAAUGACAGACAUAUCGAAAUGUGCUGGUCAAGCUUGGAAAAAUGAGAAACCAAGGGUUAAAAGGGCAUAUGCAAAAGUUUCAAAACAAAUAGAUGAACUUUUGCAAAGGAGAAAGCCAAAAACAAAAGACUACCAGAUAAUUUUUGAUGAUAAUAUGAAGAAAAUGGUUCAACCGCAUAAACCAGAACCUCCGAUCCCCAUUCCUCCACCUCCGGCUUUAGUUGGUCCUCCUCAAGACGAAUUUAUUUAUGCCACCUUAAAUGUAGACGAUAUCACUCUCAUGUAUUUGAAUCAGAUGCCUCCAAGCUAUUUCACCCUUUAG